AUGAAAGUAGAUGACUCGAAGAGACUUACUGAAGAACAGCGGGAGGCGGCCUUUGCUGCGUUUAUGCAGCAAAAGGAGACAUUUGGGCGUAAGGUGAGUUUGAACGAGAUAUCGCACGCUGCUGCUGCGGGUUUAAUUGCUGCGGUUUGUUCGGAGGGGGUUUGUGUGAGCGAGGUGUACGUAGACACCGUAGGCAAGGCGGAGUCUUACCAAGCGAAGCUGCAGCAGCAGUUUCCUUCUUUAAAAAUAACGGUCAGUACAGCUUUAUUAGAAAGCAGAUUCUCUCUGAGCUCUGAGGUGUAUGUGCAGGUGCGGGAGAAAGCAGAUUCUCUGUUUCCAGUAGUUAGUGCAGCAUCAAUUCUUGCAAAAGUAACGCGAGACAGAGCGCUGCGAUCGUGGCCUCCGCCUGAGAGGCCCAGUAAGAGAUUUAAACUCCUGCAGCAGCAGCAGCUGCAGCAGCAGCAGCAGCAGCGAACGGGGCGCCCCAAACGCGACGCGGCUUCUUCGGAAACAGCAGCAGCAGCAGCAGCAGCAGAAGAGGGAAGUGAAGAAGAAGCAGCAACAGCAGAGAAGGAAACUGUCUAUGGCAGCGGAUACCCUGGAGACAGCCUAACUAUUUCUUUUAUGAAGCAGCACAUGGAUUUAGUCUUCGGUUUUCCGAGUAUUGUUCGAUGGAGUUGGCAGACAGCAAAAGAAAUGUUUGAAAAGGAAGGGGUAGCAACAGACUGGUACGAGGAGGUGGAGGAGGAGGGGGAGGGUGGGAUCGACGUUCCCGAGUGUAAACAAAGCCGCAUAACUUCUUUCUUUCAAGUAAAACAAAAGACAGGAGCAACAAUUCAAAGACCAAAGUUCUUUGUGCGCAAUCGCCUGGAGCUUAUUACAUCCGCUUCGCGCAUUUAA